AUGGCAGGUCUCUGUGGUGUCAAGGUCCUGCUGCUCUGGGCCGGGAUCAUCGGUUCGGCCAACUGUCAAGUAACAACUGGACCAAAAGAUGUUUCAACCCUCUCAGACAGCACUCAAACCCAGACUUCUCCUCCAAUCACCACAUCCAACACCACAGUGAUUCCCACCACCGAAGGCCCACAAGCCCCUCCACCUCCACAGUGUUCUUACACUGUCACACCGAUCAAGUUUGGCUUCCAGAUUGAGAUGAAGAAGAAUUCAACCCCUGGCAACUACACCAUAAACAUCAGUGAAGUAGGACAACAAGGAGCUCGAACAACCUCCAUUGUUCAGUUGAACAAAAAGUUAACACAUGAAAUCAAACACCUGAAGCCCUGUACUAAAUAUGAGCAUGCCGUGAAAUUGAUUGAUGGUGCUGGCACAGUAACACCCUGUUACAGCACUGACAAUAAAACUACAACAACUGUAAUGGAGAAAGGUGACAUUACUGAUGGCAGCUGUAUGCCUGGAUACGUUUGUUACCGCAGUGACUGGGACAUCAGCUCUUCUCUGUCAAAGCCAAAUAAUCUCUCACCGUGCAAAAGUGACAAAACACAGUUCUGUAUCAAACCUGGUCACAAUGACACCUGCACAGAUUUGACUACAACCUUCACCUCAGGACACUGUAAUAAUUCCUUCAGCCUCACCAAAGAGAUCUCUGUUGAUUUCUUAAAUGCAAGUGAAAUACGUCAGAUUCCUCCAAAAGGAAUUCCUGCAAAAAUAAAUGCAACAUUUCCUCGAAACUGCAACAAUCUGACCGCUGAUUACACCUGUCAGGAAAAAGGCACAUUCAAUGACACCAAGCCAGAGUCUGAGCUGGAGCCCUUCACAGAGUACUCCUGUACUGGUCAGAUCAAGAACAACAAUGUCUCCAUCAAUAAGAACACCAAGGAUAUCAAAUUCACGAUAGACUGUGAUAUUACAAUCAAUGUCAGACAUAAGGGUGCCACCAGUGACUCCAUUAAUCUGACAUGGACCACGACCAGUCAGAACUGUAAAUACCUUCCAAGUGACCCGAAGCUUUCUUAUGUCUGCAGUUGUGUCCCCACCUCCAAAUCCAAACCCAUCACUCAUGGUGCAGUUAACACAUGUGACGUUACGGGACUGGAAGCAUUUAAAGACCACACCUGUAAAGUCCAACCCAAAUACAACGACAGGAUCGUGUCCAAACCAAAGGAAGUUGAACAGAAGACUGCGCCUGGAGUACCAGACGAUAUUUCUUCUGUGUCUGUGAUGAAUCCAGAGCACAAUGUGAUUAGAGUUACCUGUACUCAUUCAGGACGUUUUAAUGGACCUAAGAAGUUAUAUGUUGCAAAACUUUUUCAUGAUCGUGUUUUGCAAAAGGAACUGACAAACUCAAAAUGCAAUUUUGAAUUCAAAGAUCUAAGUUACUCUACAGAAUAUGACCUGGAGGUGACUGCUGAUAAUGGACAUCAUAUCAGCAAAAAUCCAAAGAGAGAACUCGUUUCCACUUCCUACAAUGACAAAGCUUUUAUUAUUCGUCUGGUCAUCUUCCUGGUCUUCACCAUCAUCACAUGUGUUGCUGUGGGUGUAGCAGUCUACAAGAUCUUCAUUUGGAGGCGCAGAAAGUCCAGAAAUGGUGGCAAUGAAGAUAUAAUGCUUGAGACAACAGCCAUUUAUGCGAAUAUACCUGGACCUGAAAGACAGCAUUAAACACAUGCUGAUGAAGAAAGGCCUGAUGGAGCUGCCAACCAAAUCAUCAUUUACUCCUCUGACUUUGCUCUGAAUAUAGUAAGCUUCUUAAUGUGCUCACAUUGGCAUUGGUCUAACAGUAAUCAAACUGUCUUUGCCUGUUGAUUGUGCAGCAGGGUUAUAAUAGUUUUGGAUUUUUCAUUAGUAUUAGUUUUAAUUUCGUUGUGGAUUUUUGUUUUCAAAUUCAGUUA